UCCGACCCGACCCAUAUGGCCUCUCGCCCUCGUUGCCCCUCUUCAAGUAGUCGUGCUACUGCCCCAUCACUCUAAGGUCCCCUCGCCGGCGGAGAGGGAGAGGUUGAAGUAGAAGCGCUUUCGCGAAAAGAGGAGAGCUUGGUGCCUCCCAAGUUUAUUUAGCUCUCUACGUCUUCGCCUAGGUUUCCACAGGUGCGUUUUGAUGUGGAGUAUUUGCUGACUUUUUGAUGCAUGAGUGUCCUGAAUUAUGAUUUGAGGGGUUGAAGACAUAGAUUGACCAAGAAAAUGUUUUGAUUUUUUACUGCUGCCUCCUUUCAGUCUACUCAGAAAAACUUAUCCUAGCACAUUGGUGGCAGCUAUUUGGUUAUACUUCAAGAUGUCUGUAUGUGGCUUGAGUUGUAGUCCCUCAAGAAUUUCUUCUUGUUUGGUAACUGCAAGAAAAUCAAGCUCAUUACAUGGAUUAGCUUCACCUUUUACUGCAAACGGAAGCUCUUGGGAAAGGGUGAAGCGUUUAUCCUGUAUAGACAGGAACUAUUUAAUUCCUCAGAUCCAUAAACAUUCAACUAAAAGAAAUGACAAAUUCAGGAGUAGAAUAUAUGCAUCAUUUGGUGAUACAGCUGAUGAUUCAACUGCUAUCUUUCCCAGGAUUCAUGUGAAGGACCCAUACAAACGGCUUGGGAUUAGCCGGGAAGCAUCUGAAGAAGAAAUUCAAGCUGCCAGGAACUUUUUGAUAAAUAAAUAUGCUGGACACAAACCAAGUGUUGAUGCAAUAGAAUCAGCUCACGACAAAAUCAUUAUGCAGAGCUUUCAUGAGAGAAAAAACCCAAAAAUCGACAUCAACAAAAAAAUAAGGGAAGUUACACAAUCACGUGUUGUCAAGGCCAUUGCAAGUAGGUUUGAAGCUCCAUCCACAAAUGUCAUUUUAAAGACAGCCGGUGCAUUCAUAUUGCUAGGGGCACUCACUGUUAUAUUUCCAACGGAAGAAGGGCCGACACUCCAAGUGGCGAUUUCUCUUAUAGUAACCAUAUAUUUUAUAUACCAGAGGCUUAAGAGUCGACUCCGAGCCUUCUUAUAUGGGAUUGGGGCUUUCUUUGGUUCAUGGCUGUUGGGCACCUUCUUGAUGGUCUCUGUCAUGCCACCUCUACUUCAAGGUCCGAGGAGUUUGGAGGUCAACACUUCUCUGAUAAGCUACAUACUUCUAUGGGUGUCUUCCACUUACCUGAAGUAGAAAUUCUUGUGCCGGUUGAAUCCUUUUUCUUGAAGUAAGCAAGGCAAAUUAUCAUGACUUGACUGCUACCAUGAGUUUCCCUGAAAUGUGGCACUUUUCAUGCUUUCUUAAUAUUUCUAGAAUCUGAUAGAUGCUUUUACUUUGGAAAAGAAACUGAGGAAAAGUUUAUUCAUUGUUCGUAGUGUAUGACUAUUGCUACCCAUGAAUUGAUAGGAAUGGCAGCCAUUUUGUAGUGUAGGCUUUGAUUUCUGUCAACACAUGGAUUGUUGCGGCCUCUAGGUAGAUUGUUUGUCAUUUGGGAAUAUCUAACUGUAGACUUGUUGGUGCACAUUUUGUUUCCUUUCCGACUUGCCAAAAGGGAACUAAACCAGUGUUCUCGUCGACAAGCUGAAGAAGUCACUAAUUCUUUUUA